GAUGGAAAUGUAAAUCAUUAGCAAGGGCUAAUGGUAGAGGAUGUGGUGGUGGUGAUGAUGAUGAGGAUGAUGAUGAUGACAACUACAGUUUCACACUGCUUUAGAGAAAAACACUUUCCAUUUCAAAAUUGUAAAAUAUAUUUCUGCAGAGAAGGCAAUUAUCUGCCAUGUUCAUACAAAUGUGUACAUUUUUUUCCUGUAUCUUUGCCAGAGAUUAAUCAGAAGAUAUUUUAAUAUCAUUUGGUGUGUGAACUGACAAACAUUAAGAAAAACCUAUGGUCUGGCCACCCAAAUAUAGUUCAUUUUAAUUCCUUAGGACAGAAAGUGAUGUACUGAUAACUUGUUUGACAUUUUCUGAUGCCCAGGUUGAGAACUCCAUAUAUUAAAACUGAAAUUUUCGAACUGAGAAAGUUUCCCUAACGUUAGCAUUUGGUUACUUUCAAGUUAUUUUUAGGAUCCAUUUUAUAAUGCUCUGGUAAUGUUCUACACUACAUGGUAUGUGGACACAUGACCAUCACACGUGGACACACAUGUGGACACACGCCCAUUCCAAAACAAUGAGCAUUACUGCAGAGUUGGUCCCCACCCUGCUAUUAUAAUAACCUCCAUUCUUCAGGGUCUUUCCACUAGAUUUUGGAGCGUGUCUGUAGGGAUUUUUGUCCAUUCAGCUACAAGAGCUUUAGUGAGGUUGAGUACUGAUGUCAGGGGAGAAGGCCUGGGGUGCAGUCAGUGUUCAGUAGCAUUGAGAUCAGGGCUCUGUGCAGACCAGUCAAGUUCUUCCAUAACAGCCUUGGCAAACUAUGUCUAUAUAACUUUGUGGCAAUCCUUUGGGGAGGGCUCACAUAUGGGUGUAAUAGUCAGGUGUCUUCAUAUUUUUGGCCAUAUAGUGUCAUGAAUCUUUAGACACAACAUUAUCCUGUUGUUAUAUGACAACUGACAAGGACUGUUCAACAAAGUUUACUAUUAGGUACAAUGUUUGUAACUACAGACUAACCUUUCAGGAACAUUCACUUAACAUUCACUCAGGAGCUCAUACUGUCAUGGUCAAAAUUCUCACAGGAAGUGGGUGUUAUUUUUGUAACCACAAACUAACGUUCCGGGAACGUUCCUAUAGCGCUCUAAAGGUUGCUUUUAGGUUUUCACAUUGUUUUCAUCGAAGAAGUUGGGCUCCCAAACCCGAAUCCUCUAUUACCCCCUGGCUAUGGUGGUCUAGUCCAAAUGUACAGUAAAGAAGCUGCUGAGGAGCGCGCGGGAUAAUUCAUGCUUUGGCGGGAACACUGUAUUCCUUCACGUUGGGUUGCCAGGUCUGUUAUACAAACUCCUGUAAGUAAAGCGAAAACGCACAUUCUUAGAUUUUGUUAACCAGUGUGUUUAAUUAUUGUUAUAAAUAAAAAAAAAUACGUAAGCGAAUAGAUGCACAAACAGGUACACACGUACACUUUUAUACAGUAACAAAGAGAGCUCAUUUGGGGAAUGUGAUUCCCUCAUUAUACAGGAUAACAGAGGACCUGGCAACAAGAGAGUUGACCGCUGUAGGCGCGAAAGCUCGCUUUCCACACAGACCAGGCUGAGGUAAAAUCAACUGCUCAAAAUGGCAUCAGCAGGAAGAAAACAGAACAAGAAGCCCAAACAAUCAGAAGACUCCUCACACCUUCAGGCUUUUGACUUUAAUAUAGAGGAUGAAAAGAAAGGUCUUAGUGGCUCUGAGGAUGAGGCGAGAGAAGAAACUCCAAUCAUUGACAAGUUGGGCAAGAAAAGAUCUGCUAGUACAUUUGAGGGAGAUGACUUAAUUGUAGGCGUAGGGAAUGAAGUUCAGACUAUGUUAGAAAAGUUUGGAGCUGACAUCAGCAAGGCAAUGCAGGCUAAGAAGAAACGCCUGGAAGCUUUCACCAAAAGCUCUCUGAAAGGCAGCAACCAGAAAAUAGAGCAGCUGUGGAAAACCCAGCAUAGCCAGAGGCAGAAGCUGACGCAGGAGUACUCACAGCAGGUGCUGUCAGUGCUGCGGCAGUGGGAGACCGAUGUUCAGAAAUCUGAGGAGCAAGAGGAGAAAUUGAAUAAUUUGUUUCAGCAGCAGCAGAAGCUCUUCCAGCAGGCUCGGGUUGUGCAGAGUCAAAAAAUAAAAACCAUAAAGGAGCUAUAUGAGCAGUUCAUCAAGAACAUGGAGGAGAUGGAGAAGAGUCAUGAGGCUUUCCUCCAGGGAGCACAGAUGGAGCUGAAAAAGGAGAUGGCUCUGCUGCAGAAAAAGAUAAUGAUGGACACUCAACAACAGGAGAUGGCCACCGUGAGGAAGUCCCUCCAGUCCAUGUUGUUUUAAAGUCUGAUGUAUUCUUGUUCAUUUGGAAGACCUAUUUAAUGCUCAUACUGUCAUUAUAAAUGUCUAGCAUAUGAAAUGGAUGCAGUUAUCUGGAUGUAUGUGAAUGACAGAUUGUGUUCCUAUUCUUUUUUGCCAACUAUUUAUAUAUAAACCUGUAUAGAUUGUUCUGAAAUAAAGAAUAUGUUGACGUUGAUACGUCAAACAUCACCCAUUUGAUACGUUUUCAAAAUAUUCAGCAGGAAGAUGCCACCCCUAGGUGUCAAAGUGUGUGUGUGUGGUGUCCUGUGAUGGACUGGCAUCUCAUCCAAUGUGUAUUCCCAUCUCACAACCAGCAUUCCUAGGAUAGGCUCCAGAUCCACUGUGACACCCUGACAGGAUAAAGUGGUUACUGAA